AUGUCUCGCCACCACCCCGAUCUCGUUAUGUGCCGUAAGCAGCCAGGCAUCUCUAUCGGCCGCCUGUGUGACAAAUGCGACGGCAAAUGCCCCGUGUGCGAUUCCUACGUGCGCCCCACGACUCUAGUCCGCAUCUGCGACGAGUGCUCCUUCGGCAAUUACCAGAACAAGUGUGUGGUCUGCGGCGGCGAGGGAAUCAGUGAUGCCUUCUACUGUUUCGAGUGUACGCGUCUGGAGAAGGACCGCGACGGGUGUCCGAAGAUUAUUAAUCUGGGAAGUUCCAGAACGGACUUGUUCUACCAAAAGAAAAGUUUCCGGAAUCAAUGA